GUCUGUUUCCAAGGCAAAGUGGGAAAUCAGCAUUUUGUGUUUUGUAUAUUUUUGUUCCAAGAGGAUAAUAGCUAAAAAAUAUUAGUUGUCAGUUGAUUUUAAUUAGUAUAUUGUAUAAUAAAAUAUAUAUUAUAAUAUCUAGAUGACUUUAAUAGCUUAAAAUGAAUUGUAUUCCUUUUAUUAUGUGUUAUUUAUCAAAUUAAAACCUACUUUUACAGGAAGGUAAUUUUAGUUUGGGAAAAAGUGGUUUUUGACAAAAAUCCGACAAAUAUGAAGAGCUACAACCUUUUAUUCGAACUGAUUUUCUAUUUUUUUCAUCUGGGACUAUUUGCUGAGGAGUCACUGAGCAUAAAGUGUACAGAGGACUACGUGUUUGAGUUCAAAGGAGUGAUUACCAGUCCAAAUUAUCCAGCUCCAUUAAAUAAAUCCUAUUGUCAUAUGUGGAAAAUACCUGUGCCCCCUGGAACUCACUUGCAAAUACACCUGUUUGACUUGGACAUCAGCGAGGACUUGACCUGCAAAAAAGGCGAGCAGUGUUGUGGCAGAAAUCGGCUGACUUUGUCUCCCAACACGAACAACAGCAUGCAUUUCUGCGGUCGGAAAGGUCAGUUUCCGCACUCAAUCUCCAUCUCUCAGAGUCCGGCCAAAAUCAGGUACAUCUACACCAACCCUGUACCCAGUGAUCGUGGCUUUUCGCUCAACUAUAUGACUGUUAUUCUCAGAGAUUUUAAGAAAAACUGUGACGAUGACAGAUUUGAAUGCAAUAACGGCACUUGUAUUCCCGGGGAGAUGAAAUGCGAUUUCAAUAUCGAUUGUCUCGACGGAGAAGAUGAGCAAAUCUGUCCAACUUACGGUAAGUGUCCUAAGGGUGAAAUAGCAUGCCGGUCGUCGCCCAAAUAUUGCUACAAGCCUGAACAUCGUUGCGAUGGAGUUUCCAAUGUAUUUUCGGGGACGAUGAAGUCGGAUGUGUGCCUUACUGCAGCGAGCGCCUGAUCGCGUGUUCGUCAGGCGACGGCUGCUACCCGCCGCUGCAUCGCUGCAACGCGCGACAGGAUUGCAUCGACGCGUCCGACGAGAACGGGUGUCCGGCCGAGCUGUGUCGCCACCUGCACGACAGGCGACUGUGUCGCAACCGACGCUGUAUAGCCGCGCGACUCUUUUGCGACGGAAGUGACGACUGUGGCGAUGGCAGUGAUGAGGAAAACUGUUUGCAGAAUUCAGUGAUAACAGCUGCAAUGGUGGGAGCUCUGGCUGGAGGUCUGCUUCUGGUUUUGGCCGUCGGUUGCACGAUGCGCCACUACGGUCGCCGUUCUUCCUCGAUACGUUCUCAGUCUGCUUCUCAAUUGACUCUGCGCCACAGCGUGUCGCUGCCCGCGAACAUGGGCUACGACGAUGGGCUGCAAGACCACCGGGAUCCACCCCCCGCCUACUCGGUGGCGAUACUGCCGCCGCCCCCAGCCACUGCCCUCUCUCCUGGUGCCGCCCCCAGGGGGCAUCGACCGCUGCUGUCGGGCCGCCGCCAACCGAAGGCCACUCAUCGUCUCCACUACCGUGAGGUGGCACCAACCGCCCCCGUUCUCACUGAAGCAGCAACGCCAGUGCCACCUGCUAAUCAGCUGCUGCUGACUGAAUCAGCUUAUAAUCAGCUGUUGCUGACUGAAUCAGCUGAUAAUCAGCUGUUGCUGACUGAAUCAGCUGAUAAUCAGCUGUUGCUGACUGAAUCAGCUGAUAAUCAGCUGUUGCUGACUGAAUCAGCUGAUAAUCAGCUGUUGUUAACUGAAUCAGCUGAUAAUCAGCUGUUGUUAACUGAAUCAGCUGAUAAUCAGCUGUUGUUAACUGAAGCAGCUAAUAAUCAGUUAACUGAACCAGCUAAUAAUCAGUUAUUAACUGAAUCAGCUGACAAUCAGCUGUUAACUGGCACUACACCACCGGCGACAAAUUAUUGCAGCGACGACACCAUACAGCUGAUUGAUGCCUGAAUCAGCUGUUGUUAACUGGCUCUACACCACUGGCGACAAAUUAUUGUAGCAAUGACACCGUACAACUGAAUCAGAUGAUAAUCAGCUGUUGUUAACUGUCUCUACACCCAUGGUGACCAACUACUGUAGCGACGACACUGUACAGCUGAUUGGUGCAUAGAGGUGCUACAAUUUCUACAUUGUUCAUUUCGAACAGUCAGUGUUGGUUGAAUGUAAAGCAUACAUGUUUAAGUUAUGUAUUAAGAAAUGAAUGGUCAGUAUUGGUCAUCUAUAAGAAACCCUGAGCUAAUUACUCUCAAUUGGUAGACAGUUGUGAUCUAAAGCCGUGUCCACACUGAACAAAUGUUGGACAUACAUGUUCGGCAAACAUGUUUGUUGAGGAGCUCAGGGACAAACAUUUUAAAAAGUUUGGACAACCAUUGUCUGUCAAACAGAAAAUUAUUACUGUUUUUCCAAACAUUUUCAGAGUUGACAGCUGUAAAACAUAAAACCUGUUCCUCCCACUUACAAAUAUUUUACAGAUGGAAAUUACUGAUCAUUGUUGUGAAUAUUUGCAGUAGCAGAUGUCUUCGGGGUGAAUUACAACAUUUAAUUUGGUUUUUCGUUUAACAAUAACUAGUAGUUCUGUGAACAGUAGACCUCACGCAGUAUUCUUAUCCACAAGUACCUGAUUGAAACUAUAGAGCUUAUGGAAAUACAGUAAUAGACUGGCUUUUCCACACAUCUGUGUAAUCACUUGUCAGCUGAUUUAUGAUGAAUAAUUCUAUAGUCUGAUUUUUACUCUAAUAUUGGCGUAUGAAGGAGGCUCCUUUUUUCUUUUAUAUUAUCCUUGAAAUGCAAAAUUUCCAAAAACCUUGUAUAUACAUCGACGCGCAAUUUAAAAAGGAACAUACCUUUCAAAUCUCAUGAAAAUCUAUUACCGCGUUUCGCCGUAAAUGCGCAACAUAUAAACAUUUAAACAUUAAGAGAAAUGCCAAACCGUCGACUUGAAUCUUAGAUCUCACUUCGCUCGGUCAAUAAAAUUACCCAAACUUUUUCUACAAACAUGUUUGCCGAACAUUUGUUCAGUGUGGACACGGCUUAAGGGUGUGAUCACAUUGGAUGCGUAUAUUAUGUACAAGUGCAAGCUUCAUUAUGCAUGACCAAGCAUGCAAAUGAGAAAAAUAAUCUGGGAAGAGCAAUAGUAACACUUGCACUUGCUGGUUGCGUUCAGUGUGAGAAGAAGCUACAUGCAUGUCACAACGUGUUUCAAUCGAUCUUUAAAAAUUUUGUUUUUCGGCUCAUGCAUGAUAUGACGUGCACAUAAAUACGCAUUCAAGGAUGUGAUCACAUCCUUAUAAGAAAUGCUCAUUGCUUGACGUGUUUCUCAAUUGGUGCAUCUAAUUUCUCAUUUACUGUGAGCAUUAAUUGUUUACAGGAAAUUCUGACCGUUUAAAAUGAUUCUCACUAUAUUGUGCUAUAAGUUGAUAUUAGUGUUAAGGCUGUUUUUAAAGUCUACAGGGUGCGUUCGUAUCGUUCUGUCCAGUCUAAAAGCUGUUGCACACAGCAACAGACUGUCGUAUGCAGACAGACGGAGGAAAAAUCUCUCAACAUGUGUUCGAAUCUUGCAACGCACAGACGUCCGUUCGUCUGCAUACAGACGUUUGAUUUUUUCUCUGUCUGUUUGCACACGUUUGUGCGUUCGUCUUGAGGGGCCGAUAGACUAGUGUACAAGUAUGAAUGAUUCGUAAGAGAUACCUGUCAGAUUGACAAAUGUGAGGAAUCUCCGCAUUUUAUUCUCCGCUAUAUUCUGUCAUUUACACUUAUUUGAAAUGUAUGUGUAGGCCAAAUUGUCCUUGAUUUAUGUUUACAAGUCACUUGAUAUGUUUUUCAUUGGGAUAACUAAUACCUUUCUAUUAUUUAUCAAAGACAUCUUCAAAAAGAUAGUUAUUUAACAAAGAAUACAAGGGAACAAACUUGGUUAUUCCAAUGAAAAAGAGGGUUUGUUUAUGUAAUUUUUGUCUUAUCAUAUUACAUGUAUCUCUUUUUUGUUUAGGGCUACUUGUAAUAUAAAUAGAAAUACAAAUCUCAGUAUAUCUAUUUAUACUUGUAUCUCAUUUAUUCGUACAUUGCACUUCAUACAUCGUCAUUCUUGUGUACCUACUUAUCUAAGGACUGUAUCUAAAGACGACCCUGAGAUCUAGGAUCCUAUUCGUAAAUAACCGUACUUAGCCGGGCUAGCUAUGGUUGCUUAGAAUUCAUCUACAUUGGCCAAUCAAAACGUUUCUAGUUGUUAGUUGCUUGGCUGAUUGUUUUGCUGAUAAUCAUUUAUAAAUUGGACCCUAAAACUUGGCUCUCAGUUCAACUCGAAUAACACUAAUUAGUUGCUGUUAUUGUGUUCUAUAGUGAGAUCCACGUUAAACUAUCAGCAUAAAUGCUAUUUCAAAAUCAAAUCAAAUUUCAUUCCUUGUUUUCAUCACAACAUUAUUACAAAUUAAUAAUAAUCUUCUUCUCUUCUUCUUUGGCUGUGCCUUAUCCCAUUUAAAUGGGGUCGGCAUUCCUUCCUCUUAGUCUGCCUCUCCACAAAGCCCUAUCCAAUGCUUCUUCUCUCCUCCAACCACUCUCCCGCAAGUCAGCCGCUAUUCUAUCUCCCCACCUCAUCCUAGGACUACCUCGUCCUCUCACACCAUCCAAAACCAAAUCCUGCACUCUUCGUCCAACAUAAUCCUCCUCCCGUCGCUGUACAUGCCCAAACCACCUCAUCCUUGUCUCCUGCAUUUUCUUUCCCAGUGGUCCAACUUUUACAGUGCCAAGUCUACAAAUUAAUAAUAAUGAGUUGUGAUAAUUUAAAGUGGAUUUGACUACAGGCAUCUUUCAUGAAUACAGCUCUUAACUAUAAUUACUGAUGCUUAUUGAUGGUGUAUAUAUGUGUGUUUUGUUGGUGUUAAGUGCUGUACCUUACUAACGAACAAUAUUGGUCGCUUCAAUAUUCAUAAUUAUUCAUUUAUUGAUUUGAUGACUAAAUAUUAUGUUAUUGUGUCAUCUAAAGCUGCGUUUACACCAAAGUUAUUAAAAAAAUGUUAAUAACUUAAUCCUUUAUAACUUAUCCAUACAGAUUUACGCGCCGCGAACAUGAGCAAUUCACUUUUAAUCAGCUGAUGCCAAGCUUUUUAUAUCUGUAUCUUACCGUUUCUGUAAAAAUACAGACAUUACUUACUUACUUACUUACGAAGCGCUACAGCCCUGCGUGGACCUUGGCCUCCUCAACAAUUCGCCUCCAUUCAUCUCUCUGAUUAGCAAAAAAAAAAAAAAAAUACA